UAAAUUGGUUUGUUGGAAGUUAUUCUUAUGCAAGUGGACGACUGGAUUGUAGGUUUAGAGGUUGAAAUAUUUACUUUUGACGGAAAAGAAUAUCGAGGAAUAGUGUAUACAUACGACGCGGAUGCCAACUGUGUCGUGCUUGCUAGAAAGUCCCAGGAUUCGUUAAAGAGUGAUCUUCGUAUUUUGAAAGCAUCGCUAGUAAAAAAUAUUAACGUUCUGGGUAGAAGUAAUGUGGAUCAACUACCCCAACAACUUUCACCUUUAAACCUGGAAGCUUUGAAAAUGCGUGAAGAACAAGCGUUGCAAAAGGCACGCAAAGACCUUGCCCGUACUGGUGUUGGAGUUUCUCAACAAGCGCAAGAAAUUUUUGACGCGCUCUGUAAAACGCUUCCUUGUCAGUGGGAAGAAGAUAGUAUCGUAAUUUUCGAAAAUAUCAAACUGAAAAAACCAUAUAGAGUGGAAGAUUUAGAGGGUAGUGAAAUAGAAGCAGUGAACCGCGUAAAGGUCGUUUUGGAAAAUGAACUGCAAAAGUUGCAACGAAGGAAUACUUAGGUCUUAGUAACUGUGACAGUCUUGUACAGAACCAUUCUUACGGAGAGUUGGUGUUGGGAGUUAGCCGAGUCACCAUCUGAAGGUCUGACGAUAGUUAUCGAUUCUGUGCUUUCAGUCAGUGUCUGAUG